GAAUAUAUCAAAUUCUUUAAUUUUUUGCAUCUUUUAAAAUAUGAAACAUAAAAUUUUAUUAUAUGUUGGGUUAUCUGCUAUUUCAUUUGUAAUGCUACUAAAAAGUGAGAAUUAAAUACUAUUCAUAAAUUCGUAGCCAUCUAGCAAUAACGCUGGUAAACAUUGUUAGAUUUAGUAAGUUGAUGACUAAGCUAUUAUAUGUAUAUAUCUUAUUGUUCGAGAUGGAUAUAAUUGCAAGUGUAAAAAAUAAUAACAAUGAAGAUAAAAUUCAAAUGAUUUUUGAGAUGCUUAAACAACAAAUAGAUGAGUAUGAUAUUAUAAAGUUUCAAAAAAUUAAAAAAGAAUUAAAACGUUAUGAAAAAAAAUAUGAAAAGGCAUUAAAAAAGAAAGUGAAACUAUUGAAAAUACAGAUUGAAGAGGAUCGACGUAAAUUAGAAGCUACAAAACAAAAAUAUUACAAAUUAGAAACUUAUGUAAAUAUAGCAGAAAAAGUAAAGUCAAAGAAAAAAAGUAAACCAUUAAAAAUCAAGAUGAUGUUACCUAAAUUCAUACAAAAGAAUCUACCACUUAGUAAAAAGAUUAAAAUCAAAAUUAAGAAAAACGAAAAAUUAGGUAGGCGUGAAAUGCACUUUAUAAACGAUAUUAAUGGACAAACUGUAUCUUCUAAUUUAUCUUCUAACUUAGUAAAAAUUAUAAAACCUACAAUAAAUACUCGAGAAUGUAAAAUUGUUUUACAAAGACUGACGGAAGAGCAAAUGAACAAAUAUAUUAAUCAAAAUAGGUUAGGUCAAGAGCGUAUAACAAAAAAGCGUAUAACACGAGAUUCUUUAAAAAAAAAUAAUGGAAAUGAAAUAAAUACGAUUUGUCCAAAUUGGCAUAUAAAAAUUCCAAAAUCAAUAUUUCAAGAAAAUCUCUUACGCAUUAAUAAUUUUAAUCUAAAUUCAACUUCUAUUUCAAAAGAUGUUAUAUAA